AAUAUGAAAUGCCGCCUCCCUAGUCCCCUCCCCCCCCCUCUCUCUCUCUCAAGUCGCAAGUCGCAAGUCGGAAAAUAGAUAUAUAAAUCCUUCCAAGUUCCAACCCCAAUUUGUUUUCCAUCGCUUUCUACCCUUCCCUCCAACGCUAACAAUUUUGUGUUCUGAUAUUUCAUAGUUUCAUUCAUACAUGUCGGUCUCCGGCCAAGGUUCGAGUCGCCCGCACCAACAACCCCAGUAUCAGUUUCAAUUGCAUUCACAGUCUCAGUCUCAGAUUCAGGCUUCUUCAUAUCAAAUUCUAGGUCCUAUGAAACGCCACUUCCCUUUCUCUUCUACAAGGCUUUCUUCUUUUUCCUUCGCGCCUUCUCCCCAAUCUUACGAACACCGUCUUUCUCCCGAUCUUUCUCGAAAUUCCCAAAGUGGCCACACCGGCGCUGGGUAUGGAGAACCGACCUUCUGUAGGACUUCGUUAAAGCAAACAAAAGAAAUGGGUCAUAUUGAAGCUCAGUCUGGUAAAUGGGCAACACAUCAAGGAUAUAGUGAAGCGGAUAACAGUCCUCUUACACCUAUACGUGCUACAGGUGGCAAACGUAUCAGUAAACAAAAGAUGUCAAAACAUAGAAAAUAUGGGCCACAAACUCCUGGAUCCAAUACAGAAAACCCUGCUAAUACACUAACUCCAUCUAGUAGUUGUCGGUAUGACAGCUCUCUAGGCCUUUUAACCAAAAAAUUUAUUAGUUUGAUCCAAGAGGCUAAGGAUGGCACUCUUGAUCUGAAUAAUACUGCAGAUGUCUUGGAGGUCCAAAAGCGCAGAAUAUAUGAUAUUACAAAUGUUCUUGAAGGAAUAGGAUUAAUAGAGAAGACAUCUAAGAAUAAUAUACGUUGGAAGGGACUAGACAUGUCAAGACCAACAGAAUUGGAUGACCAAGUUGCAAGGCUGAAGGCUGAAGUUGAAAGUCUGUACGAUGAAGAAUGUAGGCUUGACAAUAGAAUAAGAGAAAGACAAGCAAGCCUGAGAGCCAUGGAUGAAGACGAAAAGAACCGAAAAUUUCUUUUCUUGACCGAAGAAGACAUAAUGAACCUUCCAUGCUUUCAGAAUCAUACACUUGUCGCAAUAAAAGCUCCUCAGGCAAGUUCUCUUGAGGUCCCAGAUCCUGAUGAGGAUGCUGAUUAUCCGCAAAGGCAAUUCCGAAUCAUUGUUAGAAGCACUACGGGACCAAUUGAUUUGUAUCUAUUGAGUAAAUACGAAGGACAAUGUGAGGAUAUAAAUGUCAGAUGGACAAAAUUACCCGAUACUUAUACUAGGAAAAUUAACCAUAAUAGAGAAGCCGAUUUGCUACAAAAGAUCCAAGAUACAACGUUAUCCGAGUCUGGACAGAACCAAGAUAACCAAAGGAUUUCAUCCAGCUCGCUCAGUUUACCUGGGAUUCAGAAAAUCGUACCUUCAGAUUUCAAUAUUGAUGAUGAUUACUGGUUCCAUUCGGAUCUCGAAGUCAGCAUUACAGAUCUGUGGGGGAAUGAGGAAUGGGCUGAAGUGGAUGAAUUCCUUAAAGAUGAGUUUGUAAUGAGUGACAAUGCAUUAGAACAGCCUCAGAUGCUGCCAGGCGCUUUCCAAAAACACAGAGAAAUAGAGAUGGAUCAUAUUACUGAGAAGACUUGAAAGAUGUUCCUUCGUUUUACCAUUACCAUCAAUGGUGUAAAUUUUGUAACUAGAUGGUUCUUUUUAAUCAUAUCAAUAAUUUAGGUUUUGUUU